GGAAGAAAAUAUAACUCGACUUAUGGACUGUGACGUCACAUGCGUGACACGUUCCAUUGUUAGGAAAAUGCACGAAUAAGAAGUGCCUUAAAAUUACGACAGAUGUCAUGGACAACAGUCAUUAGAAUCCUCGGAGUAUAUAGUUGGAAGAAAGUGAAAGCGGCCUAGCGUGUAGAAAAAAAAAAUCUAUGGCGCAUUGUGCGUACACAACGUGAACCGUACAGUAUUUAUUUUACAGUCCCGAGUUAUGGCAGAUUUAAUAAGUAGCGGGGUUUCAUGGUUCAUUAUAAUUCUUACUUUGACCGCAUUAAAGUCUUUCAAAACUGAGGACGACUCUGUGCUUGCAGACCCAGGAGAUGGAGCCCUUUUGACGCCUUCGAGUGGAAGAGGAGGCGGGAUUCGAGGAAGGGUUGAAAGAUACAAUGCUAGAAGACACGAGAGGGAACAAGCCCGUCAGGCAAGAAAAGAAGUUUGCUAUGAUGACGUUGGUUGUUUCACCGUGUCAAGGAAGAUUUCGCCUCUUAAGAAGUUCCCCGAGACUCCCGAGAGCGUGGGCACGACGUUUCUGCUUUUUACUCGCAGAAAUGGCACCAUCAUAAACCAUUCAGCAACAUUAAACAUCGAUGACGCUGAGAUUAUUUUCAGUGGUGAAGGACAACAGACCAUAUCAGACUCAAAUUUUGACCGUCGACAUCCCGUCAAAAUAAUCAUUCAUGGAUAUAAAGGCAGUGGUAAAGACAGGGGGGCCCUUUUUGGUGUGGAUUCAUUCUUAAAACUGGUAAUUAACAUCAUUCGUAGCAUAAAAACUACGUCAAUUAUCUCAAAAAGAUGGACUGCUGUAUUUAUUUUAUACUCAAAUUAUUCUCUUUUCUCAGAUGACGUUGGUUGUUUCACCGUGUCAAGGAAGAUUUCGCCUCUUAAGAAGUUCCCCGAGACUCCCGAGAGCGUGGGCACGACGUUUCUGCUUUUUACUCGCAGAAAUGGCACCAUCAUAAACCAUUCAGCAACAUUAAACAUCGAUGACGCUGAGAUUAUUUUCAGUGGUGAAGGACAACAGACCAUAUCAGACUCAAAUUUUGACCGUCGACAUCCCGUCAAAAUAAUCAUUCAUGGAUAUAAAGGCAGUGGUAAAGACAGGGGGGCCCUUUUUGGUGUGGAUUCAUUCUUAAAACUGGGCGACGUAAAUGUAAUAACAGUGGACUGGGAAGGAGGUGCUUCGGGGCCCUCGUACUCCCAGGCUGUAGCAAACACGGAGCUCGUGGGAAGGCAGACGGGCCUGCUUCUUAUUGACAUGUUGGCCUUAGGGGUGAGACCCUCAGAUGUCCAUAUGGUUGGCUUCAGCCUCGGAGCUCACGUAGCAGCUUGCGCGUCGCACGUCGUACAGACCCGCUUGUCUGUGAAGGUGGGCAGGAUAACUGGUUUGGACCCAGCAUCACCUAUCUUCAGAUCCAAUUUAUUUGUAGAAUCUGAGCGCAAACUUGACAAAAACGAUGCAGAGUUUGUUGACAUAAUUCAUACUGAUGGAAGCCCAGUCUGGACGGACGGAUUUGGGCUGCUUCAACCGCUUGGUCAUGUUGAUUUCUUUCCGAACGGUGGCCGAGAACAGCCGGGAUGCAGUGACGGAAGAGCAUCUGUUGUGGUCAGCCAUUUUGAUGGAUCUCUUGACAUUGACGUAGCUUGCAGUCAUGUACGAGCUUGGCGUCUGUUUGUGGAGAGCCUCAAUCAGCAUCCUGGCGGCUGUCAGUUUAUGGCGUAUCCGUGUCGUGCCGGGCUACCGAGCUUUCAGCACGGGAAUUGCUAUCCUUCGUUGCAGAAAUGCGCAGGCGAAAUCUUCCCUUUUGCGCGGUCUUGCGGAAUGAUGGGUAUAAAUGCGGAGCAAGCAAGAGGGAGAGGGACUUUGUACUUGGUCACGAGAGACUCCAGCCCUUUUUGUGGCGAGCAACUUCGUGCGUCCGUGAUGGUAUCAGAGAAGACCCACAACACUCGAGGGAUUCUUCACAUGGUGCUGACUCAUGGAAACAGUUCUACCAACUUCAGAAUACACUGCGAAUUCUUGGACGUUGUACAAGGAGGCCGCAGGAUGUGGGGCUUGGCAGCCGCAGAGUAUGGGACACUUGGACCUCGCAUCACUCCCACUCUUCAGGUUACGCUCGGUUACCAGUCUCUUAGUUUCCAGGCUGUAACGACGAUAGCACCGGAUACAGAGGAAGAUAAUGAAACUCCCGUCUCUCCAAAAAUAUUUCUGGACAAAGUAUCGAUUGAAGAUGCUUACGGAAACAGCUGGAAUUACUGUGGUAAGGACACACUUCUUGAGGACAAGAACCUUACGUUUAUUGAUGAGGUCACCAUCACCUUAACAAUGGCUUCGUGUUCUCCAUAAUGCUGUUGUUUUUAUUAGAUAUGUUCUUAAAAUUGCAUUAUGCUAUGUUUUCUGCUUGGAACAAAACUUUAUUGAACAUUAUUUUUGUGACAUGUCUUGUGAAUAAAUUGGUGCUGUAAAUGGAUCAUAGAAUGUAAACAUGACACUUGUAACUAACACUAGUGUAAUUAUCUGCACAAUAAAUGUUUAAUAGAAUGAA